AUGCCACGGCUGCUGCAUGGGAAGAAUAUUCUUCACAUGGUGGCUAUUGGGUCCAUCGAGUCGAUCGCUAGAGACUCGAAUUCCGUGGAUUGGUCGACCAGUCUCGGGCCCGUGAAUGAAGUUGAGGACGUGAUACUGAUGGACCCGCACUAUGAUCUUACAUCAGCCAGGAUGAAUAAGUUAUUCUCGCUGUUCAACCCUGGAGAGGAUGGCAUGGUGUCGUACGAAGGUUUUCGAUGUGGGUUGGAGGCCAUGGGUAUCGCCUGUGGUGACGACGAGCAGUUCCAAGCGUUUAUUGACAAGGUAGAUGAUGAUAAAAGCGGUGGUAUUACGUACGAGGAGUUCUUGUUCGCUAUCCAGGAGAUCAAACUCGCCCAACUUUUCAACGAGGAUUUCCUGCGCAAUAUGCCGCCGGAAUACACUCACAUGAAGCGCAGACGAGUGGGGAAUGCGCGACUGGGGUCGAUCGAGUACUCUCCGGACCGUAUUCGCAGCGUGUACCCCAUCGACCAAGUGCAGAGAUUCAUCUACUCUACCAAGCCAGGGUGGGCGUCAGUGCGCUGGAUCAACGUGGAAGGCAUCGAUCCUCUACUCAUGAGACGGUUAUCGGUACGAUAUCGUCUCCACCCGUUGGCUAUUGAAGACACUCUGGAUGCAGACGUAGAGAGACCGAAGUACGAAGAAUACGACGAACAUUCGUCGCUUAUCGUACAGACAGUCCACGCCCGAGACUUGGCUAUGGUCAAGGACUACCAGAGCAUGUACCGUGCCUCACUUUAUGUGCAGGACGACGAUAUUUCCCCCUUCGAGAGUAUGACGAAGAAGGAGCUGGAGGAUCGCUUGGAGCAACUUAACAUCGGAUGUGUCAUGACGGCACCACAGCAACUUAGUCUGUACAUUAUGGAGGACGUUCUGAUCAGUGUUGAAGAAAGGUCCAGUACACUCUGGGCCAUGCUGAAGCAGCGAUUGGAUACUUCGUACUCCAAGGUGCGGCAACACGGCACAGCGUUCCUGGUGUACACAGUUGUGGACAUUUGUGUGGACGAGUUGACGCCGAUCACGCACACUUUUGGCUCGAAGUUGCUCAUGCUCGAGCGCCUGCUCAGUCUCGAUCCUCGACACUUCGACGUCGGUCGACUAGCGAGUUGUACGAAGCAGAUUAAGGGGCUCCAAGUGCUCUGUAAGCCCAUGAGCGAGCUCAUCAUCCAGCUGUCGGAGUUCGACGAUUUCGAGGGAGAGACGCUGCGGUAUCUGCGUGACGUGCUGGACCACGUCACCACAAUCGAGGAAGACUGCGAUCGCCAUCUGGAUCGAUGUCGCAGCCUCAUGGAAGAUUUCCACAACACGCGAGCCGCGCAACAGAAUGACGUGAGCUACAUCUUGGCUCUAGUGGCGGCCAUCUUUUUACCGGCGCAGUUUCUGACCGGGCUGUAUGGCAUGAACUUCACCAACAUGCCCGAGCUGGAAUACCACAACGGGUAUUAUGUCUGGUGGGCUGUCGUUCUCUUGAUCGCGUUUGCUACGGUCGCGUUCUUCAAGUUCUACAAAAAGUGGCUGUAA